CAAGUAUACGUUCCAGUCGUUUAGGGUUCAAAUCAACUAAAUAAAUCACAAUGGAUGAUCGUGAGCUUGAUCUCACCGAGUCACAGAAAGAUACCAAGUCGAAAUACCCGCCGAUCAACAAGAAGUAUGAAUAUUUGGACCACACUGCUGAUGUACAGCUCCACUCUUGGGGAGACUCGCUGGAGGAGGCCUUUGAGCAGUGUGCCAUGGCAAUGUUUGGGUAUAUGACAGAUACAGAGACAGUGGAGCCCAUUGACACAGUAGAAGUGGAGUCAGAAGGUGAUGACAUGGAAUCUCUUCUCUUCCACUUCCUAGACGACUGGUUAUUCAAAUUCAGUGCAGAUCUUUUCUUCAUUCCCAGAGAGGUUAAAGUUUUGCACAUUGACAGGAUGCACUUCAAAAUCCGCUCCAUCGGGUGGGGAGAAGAGUUCAACUUGGUCAAGCAUCCACAGGGGACAGAAGUGAAGGCCAUCACUUACUCAGCCAUGCAGAUCCAUGACAUCGACAAGCCCGAGAUCUUUGCCAUCAUUGACAUCUGAGGAUACUACUACUGAGAAACUGUCCCAGAAGGGAACAGGACAAUAGAAACAAACCUAUAUGUGCCUGUGUGAUUGGACAAUUGAUUUAGGUCAACAGCAUAGGCUUUGAAAAUUGACAUUUGAUUAAGGGCAACAGCAUAGGCUUUAAAACUGGAUGAGUGAAGUGUAAUAUUUCCCUGAAUUUGAAUUGUUUACAGACAGAUAUCCAGAGAGAAGCAAACAUCAGCAGCAGCAGAGUAACUGCUCAAGAUACACAACAUGUUCAAAAGUAUGUGGACACCUGCCCGUCAAACAUCUCAUUCCAAAAAUAACGGGCAUUAAUAUGGAGUUGGUCCCCCUUUGUUGCUAUAACAGCCUCCACUCUUCUGGGAAGGUGGCAGAAUCCCUGAGCCGACUAGAUUAAAAGUAUGUCGAUGUGCCCUUGAGCAAGGCACUUAACCCUAGUUGCCCCUGUCAGUCGCUCUGGAUAAAGUGUCUGCUAAAUGACAAACAUUUAAAGGCUUUCUACUAGAUGUUGGAACAUUGCUUCGGGUACUUGCUUCCAUUCAGCCACAAGAGCGUUAGUGAGGUCAGGUACUGAUGUUGGGCGAUUAGGCCUGGCUCGCAAGUAGGCGUUCCAAUUCAUCCCAAAGGUGUUUGAUGGGUUUGUGGUCAGGGCUCUGUGCAGGCCAAUCAAGUUCUUCAGUCUGAACCAUUAUUCCUCCUCCACCAAACUUAACCGUGUGUUCUAUAUCGAGGCAGGUAGCGUUCUCCCGGCAUCCGCCCAACCCAGAUUCGUCUGUCGGACUGCCAGUUGGUGAAGCGUCACUCCAGAUAAUGCGUUUCCAAUGGUGGCGAGCUUUACACAACUCCAGCCGACGCUUGGCAUUGUGCAUGGUGAUCUUAGGCAUGUGUGUGGCUACUUGGCCACGGAAACUCAUUUCAUGAAGCUCCCGACGAACAGUUCUUGUGCUGACGUUGCUUCCAGAGGCAGUUUGGAACUCGGUAGUGAGUGUUGCAACCGACGACAGAUGAUUUUUACGCGCUUCAACACUCGGCGGUCCCGUUCUGUGAGCUUGUGUGGCCUACCACAGCUAGACGUAUCCACUUCACAAUAACAGCAUUUACAGUUGACCGGGGCAGGUAUAGCAGGGCAGAAAAUUGACGAACUGACUUGUUGGAAAAGGUGGCAUCCUAUGACGGUGGCAGGUUGAAAGUCACUGAGCUCUUUAUUAAGGCCAUUCUACUGCCAAUGUUUGUCUAUGGAGAUUGCAUGGCUGUGUGCUCGAUUUUAAACACCUGUCGGCAACGGGUGUGGCUGAAAUAGCCGAAUCCACUAAUUUGAAGGGGUGUCCACAUACUUUUGUAUAUAUAGUGUCACCUGGCUCUUCUCGUAAGUGCUGUAAGGGGUAUUGAUUGAGGAAUGCCAAUAAUUAAGGUUUUUAUUGUUAUUUUUAAGGAUCACAAAUUAAUCCAAAAAGUGUCAAGAGACAGAAUCAUCUAAACAAUUAUGUUACGAAGAUGGCACAAUAAUGUAUGUACUUGUAGGGAUUUUAAAUGAUUUUUUGCUGAGAGACCGUGCAGGGGCUUUGACAGUUUUUUUGUUGUUGUCAUAUGUACUGUAUAUGUACAGCUAGAUAUUUAUUUAAGCAUUUUAGGUGCCACACCUCUCAGAUUAAAAAUACAUCAAACGAUCCAGGCUGGGAUCCACCACAUCACAGACAAAUGCAGUGCUUCGGCCAAGAUGUUUCAUACCGAUUGAAUCAAACACACUAAGGCUUUUUCUGGAGAGUAAAGAUACCUGAGUGAACAUGUUAA